CACCAAAGCGCUCCUAUUGAUAAGGAAAUACAAUUGACUGGCUGCCACUAUGCUAAUCACAUGCAUAAUAAGAUAUGUGCUACACAAAAAUUUCUAUGGAGUGGGACUACUGUUUGUUUAUGCACUGUGGCAAUUGAUGCUUAAAUUUAUACGUAGUAUUGAAAUAUUAGACAUUUGAAAUCAGCUUGCAUAAGGAGUGUGUCGGAGAAUGGUGUGCUACUGACAUAUUUGUCUUUGUACAUCAUCCAUGCUUGUGGGUCCUGAGAAUGACUGUUGAACACACUAAUUGUCCUUCUUAGGACUCCACUAACUUGGACAGUCAAUAUCUAGAAACAUGAAUUGAUACUUCAGUGUUCAAACCAUUUACUUAAUAUAUGAUAUUAAAAGAACAUCCAUAUUGAGGAGCCCGAGAAAGAAAGAAAAAGUGCUUUAAGUAUGUAGAAUGAGUACGUGUGAACCAAAAGAUUGGGACAUCCCAGUGUCGUAUACAGCACAGAACACGUUUAAUCCUAUAAGAAAUGUUGUGGAGACAAUGCACAUCGAGGAAAAUCCUCAAUUGGAGGUGAUUCGUCUCACUGUUGGUGAUCCCACAGUUUUUGGCAACCUACCACCAAGUGAAGAAUGUUUUCGGGCGCUCUGUGACGCAAUAAAGUCAGGAAAAAAUAACGGCUACAAGCCAGCCUAUGGAUGCAAAGAGGCACGAAAUGCCGUUGCAAAAUACAGUUCAACACCUGAAUACAUCGUGGAUGCUGAGGAUUUUGUGUUGGCCAGCGGUUGCUCUGGAGCAAUCGAGAUAGCAAUGAACGCCCUAGUUGAUCGUGGUGAUAACAUCCUAAUUCCAAGACCUGGUUUCUCUCUUUACAAAUGCAUCUGUGGAUCGAGGGGGAUUGAAGCACGAUCUUAUAAACUCUUUCCUGAAAAUGGUUGGGAAGUCGACUUGGACGAUAUGGCUUCACUUAUUGACGAGAGAACGAAGCUUAUUGUCGUUGUCAACCCAUCAAAUCCCUGUGGUUCUGUGUACAAAAGAGAACAUUUGGAAGAAAUUUUGAACAUUGCUGAAAAAUACCGCGUUCCAGUUCUCUGUGAUGAAGUUUACGCGCAUGUCACAUUCGGCAAAGAGCCUUUCCAUAGCAUGGGAAGUUUAACAAAAAAUGUUCCUGUUCUAGUUGUCGGUGGCAUCGCCAAAAGGUUCUUGGUGCCAGGUUGGCGUAUCGGAUGGAUUGUAAUUCACGACAGAAAUGAUUCCUUUGGUUUUAAGAUAAGACAAGCCUUACGACGUCUCUGCCAGGUUAUUGUUGGUCCAUGUUCGGUGAUACAGGCUGCACUACCGACGAUUCUUUCCGAUUGUCCGACUCAGUUCUUUGAAAAAACACUCAAUCUUAUGAAGAAAACAUCAAAUAUAUUCUACGAAAGUCUUUCAUUGCUGCCAGAACUUUAUCCAGUCCGCUCACAAGGUGCUAUGUAUAUGUUGAUCGGUAUCAAAGUUGAUAGGUUACACAGCGUGAAAGAUGAUGUUGAUUUUACACAGAAAUUGAUGGCCGAACAAUCAGUUUUUGUUUUGCCAGCAACGUGUUUUCAAUGCCCCAACUUUUUUCGCGUUGUCCUCACAUGUCCCGUGGAAGUCGCGCGAGUCGCUUGCGAGAGGAUCGCGCAGUUUUGUCGUGAUCAUCGAAAGAACGCUUUGACCAAUGGACACAUGGAACAUGAGAAUGGGAUUUAUCACGUCAACGGUUAUUGAUAUUUCAAAAAUAAUAUCAUAGAACUUCUAAAAACUCAAAAAAAUAUUGCGAUUGCGGCUUCUCUAGGUUCUUAAUUUGUGCCAAAUCAAAAAUGGCGGCAAGAUUUAAGUUCCAGUUUGUGUCACAACCAUUGAACGUCAAUACAUGGAACGCUACCUGUUGAGGCAAAUAAUUGAAGCCAAAUCUUACCUUGACACGCGAGAUUUCACCCCAGACACGCGUGUUUAGUGUUUCGAGAUUCUCUCGCGGAGAGAAAAGUGAUUGACUACAUACACACGCGUGUCUGGGAUAUAAUCAUGGCUUCAAAAAAUUAUUAGGGUUUUGUAUUACAGGUAGCGUUCCCAUGUAAUUUCAGUUCAAUAGUCACAACUGUCCUUCUCAAUCCCAUGCUACCACUUCUUAUGCUUACACUUGUAAUCCAGGAAACAGGAAAAGGGAUUGUUUUUUAAGGUUUUUCUAGAAUGCUAAAAGUAUAUUUAUUAUAUUAAUCAAUGUAGUUGUGAAUAUUUGUGUAUAUCUUUUAUUAAUGGUGGUCUUGGUAAUAUUGUAAGGCGACAAAGGAUUUGCUUUGUUUUGUUUUUUACUCUAGUUUACCGUUUCUUGAGAAAAAUCCCUUUUUUAUUGA